CAGUCAUCAUAUCGGCAGUCGCAUUUUGAACAAACAUAACAAACCGUGUUUCGACUUGUUCAAAUCUAAACAAACCUCGUACCAAACAUCCAGUCGCUCUACUGUUAGCGUGCAGGCAACACGGGUGGUGAUCAAAAAGAAAAAUAAAAGGUUUUGUUUUGAAAAUGCUGAACGCAACAUGCUGAUAUGGGAAGUGAAAGCAAAGCAGGGAGAUGAGUCGCUACGCCAUAUUCGCCGUUCUCUCCAUUUUCACUGUUGUGACGUUGCAAACUACAGAUUUCCAAGACAACCUAAUAAAUGGCUACCGUGCCCUCAUUGCGGACAUCCAAGUGCGGACCCAGAAGUCUAGGGAAGACAUGGACACGCUGGUCUCGCAGAUCAAGCUGCUCAUGAAGAACGAAGCUGACAAAGCUAUCAACUACAUGACAGUGUAUUUGGAGCAAAUAUCUUUAUAUUUCCAGGUAAUAAUCCACGACAGAAAGCCACGCAACGGCACUUACUGCAAAGAGAGCAUAGUGAAGUUACUUGGCGAAAACCUGCAGUUAGCAGACGAGAAUGUGACCCUAUGCCUCGCCUUGGGGUACCAAAGAGUACAGAGAUUACCAGAGAAACUCCAAGUCCACUUCGAGACGUUGGAAAAUCUGAAGAAGUACUCGGCUUCGAAGCUGUUCGAAUGCCAGAAGCAACAGCAGGUGGGCGGAAACUGCUCCCACGAAAGCCAGGACUUGGAAAGGACUGUCUUCCUGUACGAAACUUCGCCAUUCCCAGUGGUGAUGGCAGAAAUAGCCAUCCAUGGAUUCAAAGAGGUGUCAGACCUCAGCGUGUGCCUCAAAGACAUCAUCUCCAGGAUGAUGACGCACUCAGUCAAGGUCAUAGGAGACUUCAAUAGAUGCAUUCAUAACAUAGAAAUGCCUAAACUUAAGUAUCUACUCAAGUUCAUGAAAAAGUAUGCCUGAUUUGUAAUGUUUUAAGUUUCGAUAGAAAAUCUACAGUACUAAAUAAUUUUACAAUCUGACUAAAUUUCCCUUGUGUAAAAUAAAUCGAAAAUAUAAGUUGUAGGAAAGUUAUCUUUCAAACUAAGUGUAACAGGCGUCUCGCGUGAAUUAAAGUAACUCUAAUUGCGACUUGAGUUUAAAAUAAGUGUAAAUAAAACAAAAUUAAUUAAUAUCUUAAGUUGUGAAUGACAAGAGAACCGCUUGAGGAUACUUAACCAAUGCCUAAAGUUCUAUUUUACGUGUUUGAUAUAAAGUUAAACUAUGUUUUAUAAAUAAAUGUAUUUGUAA